UAUAACGUCGGUUUAUUAUUAAACAUGAAAAGUUGAUAUGAAGUUUGACGACAUUUUAACACAAAUUGGAGCAUUCGGACCGUACCAGAAAAGGAAUUAUGUACUUCUACUAAUUGGCUGGACCCUUACCGGACCAUUUAUUACGCUUUCUGUGUUUGUAAGUGGAGUUCCUGAUCAUAGAUGUAGAAUACCUGGCUUCGAAAACGAUACAUAUGCAAUUCAAGGACCGGAACAUCAACGACUGGUUGAUGAAUUCAUUCCACCAUCAACAAAUGACAACCAGGUGUAUGACCAGUGUCACGUGUACAACAUUAACCAAUCAAAUACAGUUUUCGAUAACUGUAGUCAUCCCCUCAAUGCUACUAUAUCGGAAUGUAGAUCAUGGGUGUACAAUAAACUAGUAUUUGAUGACACAUUCGUAAUGAAAGAAAAUUUAGUAUGUGGAAACAAAUACAAAGUUUCCUUGUCAAAAACUAUUUUCUUUGCUGGAAUCCUGUUAGGAUCAAUAGUGUUUGGAGUUAUUUCUGAUGUUUUAGGCAGGAAGAACACUUUAUUGGUGUCUGUGUUACUUAUGUUUUCAUCCGGAAUGUCUCUAGCCUGGUCAGUUAACUACCUGAUGUUUGUUAUUCUACGCUUUUGUAAUGGUAUGUCAACUGUCGGAGUCUUUAUCACAGUUUAUGUUCUCGCUAUGGAAUGGGUUGGACCUUCUAAAAGAACAUUUGCUGGACUGAUGAUGGGCUUUCUUGGAACAGUAGGAACUCUGAUAUUCAUACUCGUUUCGUACUACGUUAGACGAUGGAACUUGAUCAUUAUUUCAUUUGCUGCCCCUGUUGGUGUAUUCCUCGCUCUGUGUUGGUUUAUACCCGAGUCUCCAAGAUGGUUGUGUGGAAAAGGUAGAAAAAAGGAAGCAGCAGCGCUUCUUCAGCACGCUGCUUCCAUUAACGGGACAGAAUUUUCAGAAAAACAUAUGGAAGAAAUACCAUUAGAAAAGAAAGAAGCGGGAAAACCAUGGCUUCUAUUUUCAAAUAAAACUUUGGGUUGUCGUACUGUUGUGAUAUUUUAUAAUUGGAUGGUAGUCAGUAUGGUAUUCUUUGGUUUGUCGCUCAAUACUGGAAUAUUGUAUGGAGAUUACUAUAUUAACUUUCUGUUGGCCACUCUUAUGGAAUUCCCAGGGAGUGCUUUGCCUAUUUUCAUGAUAGACAGAAUUGGAAGAAAAAAGAGUUACAUUAUCUAUAUGACUGUAGGAGGGUUUUCCUGCCUCAGUACAAUAUUCACAGUUAAUUAUGGCGGGAAAGAACUGCAAUAUUUAACAACAGCAUUAGCUUUAGUAGGAAAAUUAUUUUCAACUGCAGCAUUUGCAACAAUAUACGUCAUUUCCGCUGAAGUUUUCCCCACUGCCAUACGUAAUACAGGAAUGGGAUUAAGCUCGUGUUGGGCACGUGUUGGAGGAAUGAUCUCACCUUUCAUAGCUGAUACAGCUGGCCUGAUAGGUGGCACCACUGGUACUGCUAUACCAUUGGUUAUAUUUGGAGGUUCAUGUUUAGUAGCAGCAUGUAUGACGUUACUACUUCCGGAGACACUAAACCAACAUCUGCCAGAGAGCAUAGAAGAUGGGAAGAAUUUUGGAAAGGAAUCAAACAAGAAGAUACAAGAGGAAAUUAUUGUGAAAACAGAGGAAACUGUGACACAGUAAACGUGCUCGGAGUCGGUCUUAGCUUCAAGUUAA